UUGGAUGGCUGCGAGAGAAGAGCCGGGAGGAGGAGAAGGAGGAGGGGAAGGUGUCACAGAGGAGGUGGAGACGGAGGCGGUGCCCUGAGCCCAGAAAGGGUUUAAAAAACACACACCCGGUGGACGACACACAAGCACACGGAGAUACACACAUACAGAGAGCCCGGAGAUACGGGUAUAAAUAAGAACGAGUCGCGAACUACUGCGUUUCGAGGCAUCUCUAAGGGAUCCGUUCCUUAUCUUCAUCGGUACGGUGUGUGAAGAGUCAGUCGGUGUGUGUUUCGUCUCACCGAGGGGGACAUGUCCGCCGCCACCAUCUCCUCCUUUUACGACAUGGACUUGUUCUUCACGGGAAAGAGUCUGAACAUGAACCCUCUGCACCUGGGGAGUGUUCUGGACAAGCGGGCUGUGGGGACCCCCUUGUCCAACUCCCACAGCUGCUCUUUGGCUCCAUCCUUCUUCAGGAGUCACUCUGUCAACACCGUAGACUCUGCCAUGGUCAACAGCAAGAGUCGAGUGGCCCCAUUCAGCUCCGACAGCUCCAUGGGGUCCCUUGACUUUGGCUCUGGGCUCGCUGACGCCAGUGAGCGGCUCCUGCAGCUCCAGGAGCUCCUGCAGCAGAAGAAUAUGUCCCAGGCCAACUCGACACGCUACAAGACAGAGCUGUGUCGCCCCUUCGAGGAGAGCGGCUCCUGCAAGUACGGCGAGAAGUGCCAGUUCGCGCAUGGUUACCAUGAGCUGCGCAACCUGUCGCGCCACCCCAAGUACAAGACGGAGCCGUGCCGCACCUUCCACACCAUUGGCUACUGCCCUUAUGGGCCGCGCUGCCACUUCAUCCACAACGCUGACGAGCGCAGGCUGCCUUCUGGCAAUGGCAGCCUGCAGGGGGAGCCGAAGCAGAACCGCAACCUGGGCGGGUUUCCGGCCCAGGAGACCAAAGGGACCAGUCGCCCGGCUCUGCACCACAGCGUCAGCUUCGCAGGCUUCCCCAGCCUCGGAGGGUUUGACUCGAACCCGACGUCACGCACGCCCCCUCCUCCGACUUCAUCCUCAUCUUCUGGGUUCUUCGAGGACCUGCUCUCGCCUUCAUCCACUUCGAGCGGUGCCUUUCCUUUUCAGGGGCAGGACCCCAAAUCUCUCCUGGCGCCCUUGCUCAUCAAUAUUUGCGGCCCCCCUUCACCCCCAUACAGCAUGACCCACCAGCAGUCCUUGCGCCGCCUCUCCCCGACGCCCAGAUUCGACUGUCCCCCAAGCCCACCCGAGUCCCUCUCGGACCGGGACAGCUGGGCCAGCGGCUCUCCCAGCUCCUCAGCCAGCGUCAGCGGCGCCGAUUCUCCCACGAUGGACCUGGGAAGACGUCUGCCCAUCUUCAGCCGGCUGUCAAUCUCCGAUGACUGAUGGACUAAUCGACUGACUCAAUCGAUCUUCCCGUUAACCUCGAAUCAGGUCUUUGACACCGGUGAUCUGGCUCACUGGUGACAUGCAGCUGUUGAUCAAAGUGGAACGUGUUUGUAAGCCCUGCUUGAGGUCCACCCCUCUAUCCUGGCAUUACUAUAGACAUGUUAGCUGAUCGCCUUCAUCCUCGACAUCAGGACGAUCGAAAAGACUUGGAAGGCCAAUGCUUUGACCCAAGGCGGAAUGCCUGGUUCUAGGUCCAGUUCGAUGCUAGGUGUUCAGCUGGUUUGGCGACGGUGGGACUUUUUGACCUUCCGCUGCCAACCUGGACCCUGCAUCAUAGUGGAUCCACACAACUUGUGCAGUUAGAGCACUCUGUUUUGGUUGGGAAGGCAGGUUCUUUUUUUCUUUUUUUUUUUCUUUUUUUUGAUUCCAUAGCAACUUGCUAUGACAUAUUUAUCUUAUUUAUUGAGAAUAUAGUCUAUGUUCAAUUUUGUUUUCAGCUUAUUUAUCGAAAUUGGAUUAAGCGAUAGAUUUAUAUUCAUGUUUAAAUUAUAAUUGCCAUUGUGCCAAGUGUUGCACGUUUGUGUAUUUUUGCAUUACUCUGGUUAAACUAAUAUUUAUUUCGUUAAACUUGUUGUUGUUUACGUUUAUAUGAAAAAUGCAAGUGAGCUUGGAGGUUUAGUAUUUUUGUGUUAUUGUGUAAAAGGGUUGUCCAAAUGUGAAAUUUUUACUUUUUUUAAAUUAAAAAAUGUAUGGAAAAAGUGACAAACCCCUUUCAAGAAUAAGCCCGAGAAGUAUUUUAUACAGGACCACACUGUGAUGCUAGGCAGAGAAUGUAGCAUUUCAACGUUUGUACCCCCAGCCUUAUCUUUCAGUGCCUUCAGGAGUUGCACUGAUUUACAUGCCUUAAGAUUUAACCAAAUAUAGUGUUUGCCUUUUUUUCCAGUCAUGUGAAUGUAGUGUUGAAUUUGUUCCCCUUUUUAUUAAUAAUUUGAUCUUUUUUGUCCUCAUUGUGUUCCUCAUCCUCUAUCUUGUCUUGAUCUUCCAGGCAUCCUGGGUGGGAUAUCUGUUUACAUGGUGGGUUUUCCAUGUGCCUCCUGCAUCUUGUUUUGACUACUUUGUCAGGAAGUAAAGCUUUAUGAAUGUAACUUAGAAAAAAGUUGUAUUUAAAUAUGCAUAGGGAGACAAU